CUUUGCACAAAUUUCUCAAAUGCACUUUUUUAUAAGACUUAAGUCUUAUAUGUGCACACAUUAUCAGUAACCACUUUGUUUAKCCUAAAGGUUUCCUUUGUGCUUUUCACAUAAAUUAAGGUUAUUUUUUCCAAGAAUGUGUAUUGUUUUUUUGUACUUUAAUGACAAUCCUGGACCAGAAGGAUACAGAUUGAUCAUUGCCUCAAACAGAGAUGAGUUCUACAGUAGGCCAACAGCACCWGCAAAAUUUUGGAUAGCAAAUCCUUAUGUUUUAGGAGGUGUUGACCUAUUUCCAGGAAAAGAAGGAGGCACCUGGCUUGGUAUUUCAAAAACUGGAAAAUUUGGUUUUUUAACAAAUUAUCGGCAAUCAUUUGAAGCGAUUUCARAUGAAGCUUUAGGAAGAGGUUGUUUGGUAACAGAUUUUUUGACUAGUAAUGAAAGUGCUGAAGAUUAUAUGACUAAAAUCCAGCACAAUGGUCCUCUAUACAAUGGAUUCAACCUUCUUGUUGGUGAAAUGCCUUCAACAAGUGAAAUAAAAGUUUAUAGUUACUGUAAYAUGGAGGAGAAAAAUGUGCAGAGAUUGGAACCUGGAUUUCAUGGGCUUUCAAAUAGACUGCUAAAUUCUCCAUGGCCUAAAGUUGUUUAUGGAAARCAAAAGUUUACUGAAGUUAUCCRAACAUCAUCAGAUAAAGAAGAUAUGGUAGACAAACUUUUUGCACUUUUGAGUGAAAGGAGAAGACAUUUUCCUGAUGAAGAUGAUGGCUGUUAUACAAGUAAUCCACUUGAUGAAAGCUUGCCACAUGAGUACAAAGAGGCUUGUAGGGCAAUAUUUGUCMAUUUUCCAGAAUAUGGUUAUGGAACAAGAACAAGUACUGUGGUCAUUGUUGAUGUUAAUGGUCAUGGUACAUUCAUAGAGAAGACAUUAGCUGAAGGCGAACAUAACCCAGAUAGUAACAAUUGGCUAAUUAGUUAUUAUGACUUUUAAGAGCAGAUGUCCGUAAAAAUCAAGCAAAAGGCGGCAAACCCUGAAAAAUCGAUUUCGCUCAUACUUUUACUAUUGAUAGGGUAGAGUGUCCCUAUAAACGCUGUGUAGUUAGUUUGGCUGAAUAUCGUGUUUUGGGGGAGAUAUAUGCAAAUUAGUUGAGGGCACCGGAAAUUGUAGAUUUCAAGGCAAAUUUUGGUCCCACUUUGUGAGCUCGCUAUGUCAAUUUGAGUAAUGCAAGCACAAAACUAACUUUGGAUUAUUGUAACGCAAUGUUUUCUUUACUCUGUGCUUGCUUUUCAGCCCGGUACGGCGUUUAUUUCGUACCGAAAUAAUUUUAUUUUCGAAGACGAUAUUUUUGUCUAGAAAAAGUAUACCUUACAAAAAUAUCAAUAGCACAAUUGCUUAACCUUCAAAGUCCUUCAAACUUCGAAUACAGAGUCUCCAAAGACAGAUCUUUCAAACAAUGUAAAGUUUUCUUUGGGCAAAUGUUUGUACGCGAUGCUACGUGACGCCAAAGUUGCUUAAAAUUGGGCAUAAUUGGACCUUAAAGUUCGUCAAAAGCAAAGUUUAUCAGAACAAAACUUACUCAAAACAUGCUAAAUGAAGAACUCGAUUCUAGUUUGGAGUAGAUACGAAUAUACUGCUCUCUAUAAAUACAUGAAACGUAUCCCAUGUAACGAAAGUGUAUCAAUUUACACAAAGCUAGCAACUUGCUCGAAAAUGCUUGAUGAUUACGGACAUCCACUCUUAAUGGUAAUAUUGGGGGUAUGCUCUUAUUUUUAACUGUAUGUUAGUCAUCUACCCAUUGUAUACUUGGCAACUGUGCAAACAUUUUGUUUUAGUCUUGAUGGAUGGGAUGAUUAUGAAAACAUUAAAAAACUUAAUAUGCUCUAUUUCUUUCUCAUAGUAAGGUAUGAGCAAAUUAUACACAAAUGCUGAACUGAUUACCCUGGCUUAUUAAUUAUUGUGGAAGCAAUUUUGAUUUCAUGCAUAUUCAGACAGGGUUUGUGCUACUUCUUGAAAUCCUUGAAAAAUCCUGGAAUUGAAAACUUGUUUUCAAGGGCGCUUGAAAUAGCCCUUGAAUAUGAGGAAAAUSACUAAAACUCCUGGAAAACUACUUGAAUCUGAUGAACUUGACAUAWUGCUUUCACGCRUUUGGAUUGAAUGUGGCUACUUUUGAAAUCUCACUGGAAACAUSUGCAAGCAUAAAAAAUAUCUUCAACAAUAGUCUUUGAAAAUUGCAUUUUUGUGCUUAAAAAGUACUUGAAAAGUCUGGGAUUUUGUAGUGAAAAUGUAGCACGAAUUUUGUCARAGGCAAAGGGGUCAUGGCAUCCCCUUUUGCUGAACAAAAACAAUUUCUUUAGCUAAUUAUAUGAAAAAGACAACAAGAAAAUAUUGAAAAAUAAAAUAACACUCGGGUUUGUUUAUCAUUUGUAUUUUCUAUUGAAAAUUAGUAAGUUGAUGAAAGGAGAAAAAUUCCUGCUAAAAUUUGAUAUCAUUUUUGUAAAUGCUCCCCUCCCYCCAUUUUGAAAAUUGCUGGAUCUGCCCCCAAUUAUUUCUAAAAUUCACCAAUUUUGUUGAAAGUACAUAAACAUACAUUGUUACAUACAUUGCUUUUACAUGUUAAGUGCUUAGAGAAAGCUAUAUAAAUGCUAUAUAUUUGUACUUCACUAAUCCAUGUUUAAAUGCAGCUGAAAGACAUAGAGUACAAACAUUAAAACUGUACAACAUAAAUACCACUAAAUACUGCUAAAUUAUGCUGAUUCUAUUGUUUUCUGUUGUUUAAUUAACACUAUUUUGUAGCAAUAGUGGAAAGUGUUUCACACAUUUAAUGUUUGUACUCUAUUAUUCAAAGAAAUAAUUUCUUUAUGGCAACGAUCGCGAAAGGCAAUAUCAAUUAGCAAUACUUAKAAUAGAGUCAUUCUCAUAGAAAUUGUACUAUGAAAUAUUAUUACCCCCUAUUAGCUCCAAAUAGUUUAACUUAUGACAUGCGACAAACAAAUUAGGCAAAAACGGUUUUGAUUUUGCCUUUUGGUAGCCUAUACACCCUAAUAGUUACUAUUAAACAUUGACUAGUACUAAAUGUUUCACAGACGGAUUAAAGUGACUCUAUUUUCUUGUAAUAAUUGACACCAAGGCGAUGUCUAUAGUGAAACCGGAUACUAGUAUUGAGCAACUGAGAAUUAUGUAUCCCUGAUUAUGUGCGAGAAUAGAGGGAUGGAAAAGUCCUUGAAUGCAAAUCCUUGAUCUUGUCAGUAACAARUGGUGCUUACUACGCUUUGUUGAGUGUUUAUUGAGUUCUUUUCGUCAUGUACAGAAAUAAUUCAUCUAGUGCGAGCUCACGCUGCUUCUCCCUCUGUGCAAAACUGAACGUUGUAAAAAAAAUCCUUUAUUUUCAGUAAUGUGUUUUGUUAAUAGUUUUUAUCUAACCUUUUAGUCCUUUUAUCAAUUUUAUAUUUGUAAUGUCAUACCGCAGUUCAGCUUGGCUGCAAAGGUUUUUGAAAUAAAGUAUCUAUUUAAGUUA